AUGUUGUACUCACAUAUUGAAUUAUCAAAAACAACGAAUCAAACACUAACAGGUGAUGAUCGAGAUGCGAAUUGUUCGUUAGUUGGAGAGUCGGGAUUUAAGUCGACUUCAUUUCUAUGUGAGGAAUGUCUCCAACUUGUGUUGCAAAGAAUGGACGAGUUCAUGGAUUUGGAAAAGUAUCAUCAACAGAAAUGGAUUGAACUGAAAGAGGAAUUGGAUGAUGUUCAAGACGACAUCAAAGAUAUGGACGUCAUUAUUAAAGGAUAUGAGUGCACGAAGUUAAACGACGAGAACGUCCAGAAGCUCAGAGAUUUGAAAGAGAAGUCGUUUGAGCAGAUGAAAGACCUUCAAGAUGAGAUAGCGCGAUUUGACGAGAGUUGUGUCGACAAUUUAGAGAGGAAGUUCUGGAUAUUUUACAACGACAUAUUUCACAAAGUGGAGAAUUCAUUAGUCGAGAACAUCGAGUUACAGCGGAGUGUUUUGUGUUUAAAAGAAGAAGUCAAAAGGAGUGAGGAAUUGUGUGUGUUAGGUAAUUUAUUUGGGAUCGAGUGUUUUGACGACGGACUUGUUUCGAUUGGUGGCUUCAAGUUAAGGUAUUCUGUUGAGUGUGUUGAUGAAUUUAACAUGGCUCUUGGCAAAUUUGUGAUGGGGAUAUACUUACUUGGGAAGAAAGUGCUGAGUGAGAAUAGUAUUGUGCCGAUACCCUUUGAUGAUCGGUCACAAAUAUCAGUGCGAAAGGGGGAGAAGAAGACGGUGUAUAAUUUGUAUUUAGCAGUACAAUCGUUUUACCAUGAAGUCGAUGUGUCAUUUAAAGAGGGGUUUAAGUACUUGGUAAUAUACUUUGGAGACAUCUUUGAGAAGUGUGCAACUGUAUGGCCAAAAUUGAAGGAGAAGUAUCAUUACUCAGUCAAAGUAACCACAAUGUGUAUUUAUGAUAGUAACAUGAAGAAGAGCUACUCACUGGUGUUUGAUCCACUCAAAGUGGACGAGUGGAAUAGGGCACUUGGCGGGAUGAUGAAAAUAUUCAAUUACCUUCUUCUGAACUACACAACCCUUGUCUAUGUUUUGGACAAUGAAAAGCACCAAGCACGUCCAGAAAAGGGUGGGCAAGAAGAGGCAAAGUGA